AUGCUGCAGCCCUCAUCCACAGCCAAGAACCCAGAUUAUGUUCGCCCAAGACCCCCGGCUGAGAAAUCUGCCGCCGAAAAGGAAACCGAUAAAUAUGACUCCCUUUAUGACUACUUCCUUUAUCAGAAUGCAUUCGAGGGUAUUGUCGGCGAUAUCGACCCUGGAUUUGACUGGACUUUGGAGAAGGGUAAAAAGUGGAAUGCUUGGCCCCCGACUAUCUUCAUUCAAGGAGAUGCUGAUGUCGAUGUUGAUAAGGACGUGUGUGUCUCAGCUGCAAGUAAACUUGGUGAGAAGGCAAAGUUCUUUAUGGCCGAGGGACAACCGCAUUUGUUUGAAGCGGGCAGUUUUCUUGAGGAAGAAAGCGCGCCGAUGGAUACAGUUCGGGCUGCGAUUGCCGAGUUGAAAAGCAUUGUCAGUCAGGCAUUGUAA